AUGGAUGCUCUGGAGAAAUCAACAUCAUUUCCUGGAAAAAAGCAUCAGUGGACUUCAAUUGAGGAUUCAAAGUUGGUUGAGUGUUUGUUGGAGUUGGUAAAUAGUGGAAAAUGGAAAGCAGACAAUGGGACCUUCAAACCUAGCUAUUUACAGCAAUUGGAAAAAUGGAUAUGUGAGAAAAUUCCUCAUUGUGGAUUGAAAGCACAAUCCCACAUUGAUUCUCGUAUCAAGAUACUAAAGAAACAAUUUCAUGCAAUUUCUGAAAUGUUGGGACCUUCAACAAGUGGUUUUGGUUGGAAUGAGGAACUAAAGUGUGUUGUUGCUGAAAAAAGUGUGUUUGAUGAAUGGAUUAAAAGCCAUUCGAAUGCAAAAGGCUUAAGGAAUAGACCAUUUCCUCAUUAUGAAGACUUAGUUACUGUAUUUGGGAAGGAUCGUGCAAAUGGGCAAGGAGCUAUGGGAUUUUCUAAAACGGUUGAUGAGAUUGAUAAAGAGGUAGACAAUGAUGCAAAUUCUGAGUUUGAUCCUUUAUCUCCAAUAGAUGAUCUUAUUGGUAAUGCAACCAAUAGUCAUACAAACACGGCGACAACUUCAGCACAGUCAAGUAAGAAAAGUAGAAAGAGAUCUAGGAAUGAAGAUCCAUUGGUUGAGGUAUUGACUGACACAGUGAAAAAAUUUGGUGACAUUCAAGCUGUUGCUGGUGAUAGUAUUCGAAGAAUUGCUGAUUGUUUCCAGUUUGAGAAAGAAGGUGCUACCAGAAGGAUGAAAGUGUUUGAUGAACUGAAGCAAAUUGAUGGGCUGAAAAAUGAACAAUGA